AUGGCCACCCAGAUCCAGCAACUUCACUUCGUUUUGCUUCCUCUGAUGGCUCCAGGUCACAUGAAUCCUAUGGUCGACAUAGCUAAAUUGUUGGCGAGCCGCGGUAUAAUAGUCACCAUAAUCACUACCCCCCUUAAUGCCAUCAGAAUUGCAAACACGGUCGACCGUGCAGUACAAUCUGGUCUCGAGAUUCGACUAGUGCAAGUUCCUUUUCCUAGUGUUACAGCCGGCUUACCAGAAGGCUGUGAAAAUUUCGAUAUGCUUCCUUCGCUGAGUACGCUCAAAAAGUUCUUGGAGGCCGCGGAAAUGCUACAACAACCCGUGGAAGACUUGGUUGCGGCUGUGUCACCUCAACCAUCCUGCAUCAUUUCUGACAUUAGUUUCUGGUGGACAAACCAGAUUGCUGAAAGAUUUCAGAUUCCGAGGCUUGUUUUCCAUGGAACAGGGUGCUUCGCCCUCCAUUGCACGAGCAUACUGAUGAGUUCCAAGAUCUUUUCUGAUGUGAAAUCUGAUUCGGAGUACUUUGUUGUCCCUGAUUUGCCUCAUAAAAUUGAGCUAACCAAAGCUCAGCUUCCGGGUUUUGUCAACCCAAGCAUAUCAGGAGUAAAUUCUAUGCAAGAUAAGAUGAAAGAAGCUGAGAAGAAUUCGUUUGGGAUAGUGGUGAAUACUUUUGAGGCAUUGGAGAAGGAUUACAUCACAGAAUUCAGACAAAUUACGAAGCAACGGGUUUGGUGUAUUGGCCCAGUUUCGGCAUGCAAUUCAGACAACCUAGACAAGGCUGAAAGAGGCCAUCACAAGGCCUCAAUUGAUCAGCAUGAUUGCUUGAGAUGGCUUGAAUUACAGGAACCAAAUUCCGUUAUCUAUGUUUGCUUAGGAAGUUUGUCUCGUCUGUCGACUGCACAAAUGGUUGAGCUUGCACUGGGAUUGGAAACGUCUGGAAAACCCUUCAUUUGGGCUAUAAGGCACAAAUCAGCUGACCUUGAGAAAUGGCUUCAUGAAGAAAAGUUUGAAGAACGGAUCAAGGACAGGGGUCUUUUACUUCAUGGUUGGGCGCCCCAGGUGCUAAUACUAUCCCAUCAGACAAUUGGAGCAUUCUUAACACACUGUGGAUGGAACUCAACCCUAGAAGGAAUUUCUGCCGGCAUACCAUUGAUAACUUGGCCAAUUGCAGGAGAGCAAUUUUGCAACGAGAAGCUAAUCGUGAAUGUACUACAAGUUGGAGUAAAAAUUGGCGUGGAACUUCCCGUUAGGUUUGGAGAGGAGGAAACUGUUAAGGUGCAAGUGAAGCAAAAUCAAAUCAAGAGUGUUAUUGGAGAAUUGAUGAGCGAAAAAGAAGCAGCAAAACAAAUCAGGGGAAGAGCCCGGAACUUCAAAUCAGAGGCGAAGAAGGCAAUGGAGGAAGGAGGUUCCUCUCACAUUAGCAUGACAACACUGAUCCAAGACCUCAUGGAAUAUGCACAUGCUAUAGAAGAUGAAAGUUAA